AUGGCGGCAACAACACUAGCUUCCGCCUAUUUGCUAUUCAUAGGCCUCUGCUGGGCGCUGGAUGAGGUUGACUACCUUCGCCAAUUCGGCUAUUUAACAAGUGGUGGACCGGAUUCACAGUUGACAAGCGAUGCUGUGUCGAACGCGCUGCGAAAAUUUCAACGAAUGUUCGGUUUACCACAAACGGGGAAAUUAGAUCCACAAACCGUUGCAUUGAUGUCGAAACCACGUUGUGGAGUUAAGGAUAUACAGCAAAAGUCGACACGACAGAAACGAUCGCUACCACAUCCUCGAUGGAAAUCGAACAAGCUUACCUUUCUGGUCACCUCAUGGUCACGACGUCUCGACGCGGGAAGUGUUGACGCGACAAUUCAGAAGGCGCUAGCCGAAUGGGAAAAACACGCGGAUUUGGAGUUUCGACGGGCUCAGGAUCCGAUUAUGAAUAUGAAAUUCGGGGUGGGAUCACAUCAAUGCGAAUAUCCGUUCACGUCAUCUGUGCUCGCACAUGCAUUUCGUCCGAGAAGCACGUCCUUUGAGCCGAAGGACGAUCCAUCGAAUCUUAUCGGUGAUAUUCAUUUCAAUGACGAUGUCCCAUGGAGCUCACCCCUACUCCUUGCCACUGCAAUCCAUGAAAUUGGACAUUCGCUCGGAUUACCGCAUGUGCUCAACGACGUGAACAGCAUCAUGUAUCCGAUCCUUGUCGAAGGUCAACGAUUUACACCACGUGAUAUAAAGACCAUACAAGCAAUGUAUGGUCCGCCAGCUCGAAAAGGGAUCCAAACGACGCAAAUCACGCAUGAACAUGGAUCCAAGGAGCGGCGCAAUGAGGAAAGUGAAGAGACGGAGGAGGAAAAAGAGAACGAGCCGGACGAGACACCACAACCAUGUUCUUCGGGAGCCGAUGCUGUAACAACCUAUCGUGGAGAAUUUAUAGUUUUCAAGAACAAAUGGCUAUGGCGUGUAUUGAACGAUGGCGACACUCUCUAUGGACCAAAUCUGAUCUCGGAUCUUUUUCCAGGACUUCCCGAAGGAAUUGAUGCAGCCGUAGAGAUUCACGGACAAAUAUGGAUUUUUUCCGGAAAACAGUAUUGGAUUUUCUCUGAAAGGCGACUUUUACAUGGACCCAGACCAUUAGGUCAUUUGGGGAUUCCAGAAGAUGUGCCGAGGAUUCGCUUAGCUUAUCGAUGGCAUUAUUUCGAUCCUCCGGCCACUUAUCUCUGGGGUGAACAUGAAUAUUGGAAAUUGGACGUGCGAACCAGGAAGGUGGAGGAUUCCUAUGCACGACGUAUAAGUUUGAAUUGGAAGCACGUUCCAGCCGGUGCAACGGCAGCAUUUACCCGCGAUAAAGAGUUAUACUUCAUAAGUGGUGAUCUUGUGUACCGUAUGAACACCACCGAUUAUCGAUUGCCGGUUUCUGAAGGAUAUCCAGUGUCGAUCUCAAAAUUUUGGCCAUUCUGUGAAAGUGAGAAUCAAUCGAUGCGACAUGCUUCACCACAAUCAAGUUCCCUAAUAGUUUCAGCGUAUUCAAUGGGAACUACCGUAAUCGUUGUUUUCGUUUUCCUAUUUACUUUGUAA